AUGGGAAAUACAAUUUAACAUAAAAGGAGAAAUCCUGCAAAUUGUUUAGGAUGUAUGGCAUAAGACAACGAAACAUUUGAUCCAAAUGAAUUACAAAUAGGAAUAGAUGUAGAUAAAGCUAGAGGUAUGUAAUUAGAUUAUUUUUAAAGGUCGAAUAACAUAAUAAUCUACAGCUUAUUUAACAGAAAAUGAGAAGAACUUUUUUAAGGCAGCAUCAGGACGUAAUUUAGGAUUAAUUCGAUUUUAUUUAAAUAAUGGAGUAAAUAUCAAUAUUUUGGAUGAGGAUAGAACAUCUCCAUUGUAAGAAUAGAAAUUAUAUUAAUUUUAUUAUAGACAUAUAGCAUCAAGAUAUGGAUCAAUAUAAGUAGUUGAAGAGUUAAUAAAAAAUAAUGCAAAUAUUGAUAUUACAGAUAUGGCAGGAUGGACUCGUAGAUAUAAUUGUCUAAAUUUAAGCAUUACAUGUGGCAGCAUUUUAUUAAAGAGCUCAUGUUUGUUCGGUUUUACUUAAAGCAGGUGCUGAUCCUAAAAUAAGAAAUCGAGAAGGAAAUCUUGCUUAAGAUUUAGUUAGAGAUAAAAUGACAUCAGAAAUAUUUAAAUCUAGUUUUAUCUAAUAAAAUUUAUGUAGUGAAAGAUAAUAAAAAAAAAUUGAUCCUAUUUCAAGAUAACAUGAAUAAUAUUUUUAAUUUCUAAAAUAAUAAAGAUUGUAUAAUUUAUUUUUAUUAAUUAGAAAAAAUCAAGAUUGUAAUAGUUUAAAUGAAAAAGUAUCAUAAGGAAAAAUAAUCAGUUCAAAUAUAUCUCCAACUAAAUUAAUUUAAUAAGAAAAAGAAAAUUGCGGAUAUUCAGAUUCUUAAUGUAGAUCUAACAUUUCAGAAGGAAACGAAUAUAAUGAAAUUUAGGAUUGUUAUAAAGAAUUAUCUUCCAAAAUUAAUCGUAAUUUAAUUUCUCAUUCUAAUUCAAUUCCUAAAUUUUUUGAUGAAAUGGUAAUCAUGCUUAUAAUAUUUAGUAUUCUUUAAAUCAACUUGUAUUAAGAUAAAAUGAAUCUAAAGAACUUGUCAACUUACUUGAUUAAGUUAAAAUUAUUAAAAAUGAUUACAAUUCUGAAAAUCUUGCUUUAGAUUUAUUCAAUCAUUCUUCUAUGCUAGGUUUAUCAUUUAUGAUAGCUACUUCAAUUAUUAAACCAACUCCUUAAUCUAUCAUUAAUUGGCUAUUCUAAGAUAUUGAAUUAAAGAACAAAGCUCAAAUAUCCAAGUAAUAUUCAUAUUAUAAUUUUAGAUUAUUAUGUAAUAUCAAUUUAUAAGAAUAAUCAUAAAUUUUAAAAUUAUUUGUUGAUAAAGUAGUUAUGACUGAAAAUCUUAUUGAUUCAUUAUAAAGCUUAUUUAGUAAAUUAUUAGUUUAAAAUGAUCCUUUUAUACUUGAUAUUUUAGUUAAAGAAUUUAGUCGAAGAUUUUAUGAAUUUAAUUUUAACAAUUCAAAAUGUUAAUAAUUUCCAUUCAAAUCUGAGGAAUCCUUACAUAUGUUCACUUUUGCUCUUGUUAUUUUAGAUAUUGAAAAUAAUAAAUAUGAAAAAGAUAAUGCUUUCAAAUGUUUCUUUUAAAAUAUUUAAAAAAUUAAUAAUGGUGAUAAUUUGAGUUCCAAAUUUAUUUAAUAGAUUAUUGAAUAAUUACAAUCAAAAUAAAUUGUUAAAUUGAGUGAUUAAUUUCAUGAAAAUUUAUUGUAUAAUCUUUUUAAUCAUUAUUGUACUCCUAUUAUACUGUAAGAAUAAAAAGUAUUAUUUUAUAGUUAAAUUAUAGAAUCAGAUUUAAAAAUGGAAAUUGUAUAUUAUUAGUGAUAUUUGUUUAUUACUAAAGGAUGGAAAGAUGAUAAUCCUCUCAGCUUCGAAGAAUGACAUAUAAAUCAAUUAAUUAGAGGUUAUAAUUUAGGGUAAAUAGAACUCCUAAUUGGUAUAUUUUGUAUGUAAAGAUGAUUAAACCUUUAUUUUAAAAACAAAAAAUAAGAAACUCAAAUUUGUUAACCUUUAAUGA